UUAUAUGACACCUCUAAAAUUUUGAACAUAAAGAUCUUCCGCCUUCACCAUUUACAUUACACCAAACUACACUCUUCCGUACCUUGUAUGGACUGUAAAAAAAGAAACAAAACUUUGUUUCUUCCUUACCUUUCCGGUUUUCUUAGGAAAUUUUAAAAUCGUGUGCGUGCAAGCUACACAAAACUUGUUUUGCCUUCAAUAAUCGUGAGAGUACAGGCUAAACUUGUUUUGCCUUAAAUUUUGAGGUUAACUUAGUAAUUACAUGGACGAAAUUGGAGGACUUAGUAAGCAGGGUGGAGGUAUACCAGACUGGGUAGAGAGGCUUGACAAGAUAUUGAAUGUGUCCCCUCGCUAUUUCUCAGCGCUCAAAUCGGCAUUUGUUCGCUUUCAAUCCAAUCACGAUGCCCAUCUCCCCCCUGCACGCUUGCUGCUUGCUUCUCAAUUCCUUGUAGAGAGAAUAGCAAAGGAGCUUGACACAAAGACAGGGAAACUGUGCCUUAGGCCUGUUUCUCAGGAUGACAUUGAUGCACUGCUUCAAAGUGAUCCCACACUGAACAUUGAACAGCCUAUUGAUAUACAACAGUUUGAUGAGAUAGCUAGAAAACUCUUGAAACGUAUAGCAUUAGAUAGGGGUAAGAGGCUGGGUCUUUUCAUGUUGGGAGGCAUUAUGGUGGUUCACUUACUCAAAGGGACUGUACAUAAGAUCCCUUUUAUAGGGCCUCCUGUUGGCAUCAUUAUAAAUGUGUUCUUGCCAACAACUGUUGUAGGUCCUGCUGUUGGUAUUGCAGGAGCUAUGCAUUUGUAAUCUUGUAAAUAGUACCUAUAACAUGGCCAACAAAAUCAAAUUAUUUUAUUUUAUAUUAAGUUUUUUUAUCAUCUA